GGGAUCGAGUGGGGGCGAAUAGUAGAAGCUUAGGAAAAUGGCGAAGGGACUGCAACAACAACAAGGGCAAAACCUGCCAUCGGAUUUGACCCAAGUCAUUGAUCAGCUGGAGCGCCACUGCUUGGCUCCCGAUGGUUCUCUCGUCUCCAAAUCUGCCUACUUCGACCUCCAACUCGCAAGGGAGGAAAUGUCCCGGGAAAGAUUGCGAUACUUGGAAGCCAUGGCAUUGUAUAGUGAGGCAAUUGCAAUGGUGGAGGAGUAUCAACAAGCGGUUUCUGUGGCUAACCUUGGAGGCAUUCGGGAUCUACAAUUGGGCUUGAAGAACCCUCCUCAGUUGUAUGAGACAUUAGAGCAUCGUAUGAUCGUUUCAGAAGCAGCUCAAAGACUGAGGCUUCCUCUUAUCUCCAAAGAUGGUGAAAUUCACGAGGAAGAAAUUGAAAAGUGUAGUACCAUGUCACGCAGUUCUCUAGAAAGUACCAGUACCAGUGUUACGGUCAGCUCAAGCUCCAACUCAACAAAUUAUAAUGCUGUGACUAGCACUGCUAGUGGCGCAAACAACAAUAUUUCUCUUAGUGCAACUGAAACUGUGGAAUCUGGGGUUGGUGGUAUUCCCAAUUGCUUUCUUGGAAUAACACCUGCAUAUUUAUGGCAAACACAGCUCCUACAAACACCGUUGUCAAUGGAUAUGACAGAAUACCAGUUGUGUCUUUCCCAAGAGAUUGAAGCUCGUUUAAAAGCUAAAUGUGAUAAGCUAGCUGAUGCCUUUAUAAUGGAUGACAUUGACUCGUCAUCUGGGCAUCAAAAUUCAAGUUCUCGGCUUCCAGAAAGGGUAAAGUUGAUAAUUGAGGAGAUGGAAAGGGAAGAAACAGCUCUGCGGGAAGAUCUAUAUUCCGCAGAUAGAAAAUUUGCUGAAUAUUAUAAUGUCCUGGAGCAGAUACUGGGAGUGCUUAUCAAGCUGGUCAGAGAUUUGAAGUUGCAACAUCAACAUAAAUAUGACGGACUGCAAAAAACAUGGCUGUGCAAAAGGUGUGAGACCAUGAGUGCAAAAUUGAGGGUCCUAGAGCAUGUUCUCCUUCUGGAAACUUAUACUAAGGAAUCAAUACCGGCCCUACAUAAAAUAAGGAAGUAUCUCCUUGAAGCUACAGAGGAAGCUUCUAUUGCAUAUAAUAAAGCGGUUACACGUCUUCGGGAGUAUCAGGGUGUUGAUCCUCACUUUGAUACAAUUGCAAGGCAGUACCACGAUAUUAUAAAGAAAUUGGAAAAUAUGCAGUGGACAAUCCACCAAGUUGAAAUGGACUUGAAGCGACUCCCAGAUCACGCAAAUGCAUAGAAUCACCGCACGUUGGUCCUGGUUGGUGUGUCUUCUGAGUUUCCUAUUUUCUUGUAAUGGGCCCAUGCGUCCAACUGAUUCAUCAGAAUCAUCACCGGCAUGCUGAUUGUUUAGCUUGUGACUCUAGUUAUAAGCAAGAUUGGUCAUAGACAUUUGAGUAGUGUGUAUAACUCUGCACAUUAAAAGAAUUGUAAACAUCUCCCCACCUAUGUGUUCUAUACAAUAUGAUUUUGCGGAUA